UAUCUGGGAGCAGCAGGCUGCUCUGCGCUCGCACUCCGGCUCGGCCGCCCCACCGCGCUCUCGCCUCGCCGCUCCCGCCGCAGCCCCAGGGCCCCUCGCCGCCGCCACCAUGGACGCCAUCAAGAAGAAGAUGCAGAUGCUGAAGCUCGACAAGGAGAACGCCUUGGAUCGAGCAGAGCAGGCGGAGGCCGAUAAGAAGGCGGCGGAGGACAGGAGCAAACAGCUCGAGGAGGACAUCGCGGCGAUGGAGAAGCUAAUGCGGGCGUCGGAGGACGAGCGGGACCGGGUGCUGGAGGAGCUGCACAAGGCGGAGGACAGCCUCCUGGCCGCCGACGAGUCCGCCGCCAAGCUGGAAGAUGAGCUAGUGUCGCUGCAAAAGAAACUCAAGGGCACCGAAGAUGAACUGGACAAAUACUCCGAGGCUCUCAAAGAUGCCCAGGAGAAGCUGGAGCUGGCGGAGAAAAAGGCCACCGACGCUGAAGCUGAUGUAGCCUCUCUGAACAGACGCAUCCAGCUGGUUGAGGAAGAGCUGGAUCGUGCCCAGGAGCGUCUGGCAACAGCUCUGCAGAAGCUGGAGGAGGCCGAGAAGGCAGCAGAUGAGAGCGAGAGAGGCAUGAAAGUCAUUGAAAGCCGAGCCCAAAAAGAUGAGGAGAAAAUGGAAAUUCAGGAGAUCCAACUGAAAGAGGCCAAGCACAUUGCUGAAGAUGCCGACCGCAAGUAUGAAGAGGUGGCCCGUAAGCUGGUCAUCAUUGAGAGUGACCUGGAACGUGCAGAGGAGCGGGCUGAGCUCUCGGAAGGCAAAUGUGCCGAGCUUGAAGAAGAAUUGAAAACUGUGACGAACAACUUGAAGUCACUGGAGGCUCAGGCUGAGAAGUACUCGCAGAAGGAAGACAAAUAUGAGGAAGAGAUCAAGGUCCUUUCUGACAAGCUGAAGGAGGCUGAGACUCGGGCUGAGUUUGCAGAGAGGUCAGUAACUAAAUUGGAGAAAAGCAUUGAUGACUUAGAAGAGAAAGUGGCUCAUGCCAAAGAAGAAAACCUUAGUAUGCAUCAGAUGCUGGAUCAGACUUUACUGGAGUUAAACAACAUGUGAAAACCUCCUUAGCUGCGAACCACAUUCUUUCAUGUUGUUUUUGUUGUUUUGUUUUGUUUUGUUUUUUUUAACACCAUGCUUACCCUGAAACCCCUUAAAUGCAUUUUUAUUUACUUUUACCACUGUCACAGAAACAUCCACAAAAUACCAGCUAGAUCAGGGGGUGGGGAAAACACACACACACACAAAGGCAAGCCCCUGUCAGGGCCAUGAUGAUUCAGAUGUGCCAUUUCCCAGGUUGACGUUGCCACACUUCGUAGAGAGUUUAGCAACACAGUAUGCUUAGUCAGUCUAGGAAUCCUCACUAGAGCAGAAAGAUUUCCACUCGAAGUGCCAACGAUACAUUCAACAGGAAGAUUAAUGUUGGAAACACAAUCAGGUGUGGAUUGGUGCUACUUUAAACAAAAGGUCCCUCUGUGGUCUUUCGUUCAAUAUUGUACAACUUAGAAUUCCGUCCAACACUAAUUUAUUUUGUCUUGAGUUUUACUAUGAGAUGAGACUAUGGAUCCUGUAUGCCUGAAUUCACUAAAGCCAAGAGUUUGUAAGCCACGCUGCUCUCUUAAGACUAUUUCCUUCUAAUUGGCACACUUGCAGCUCAUUAUAAUGCGUAGGAAGGACAGCAUUCAAUGUGGAUUUCCACUCAUCAUUUCUCCAUGUUAAAGAUUUAGGCACUACAUACAACUGGUAAAGAAAAAACAUGUUCUUAAGAGUUAUAACUAUAUGUAAACAUUGUAUAAUGAUAUGGAAUAAAAUGCACAUUGUAGGACAUUUUCUAAA